CUCAGGAUUGGACGCUCCGACCGUCAAUCGUAACCAUAGUAAUCAGGCUAGGUUGGCCGAUUGACGGAAGCGCGAGCGGAAUCUUCAUGAAGUUUCGCUGCGGUGGCGGCGGUAGGGAAGAUGGUGAUAAUAUUGAUAACGUGAAACCAUCGGAAGCGGCGGCUGAAUCUGUCCCAUCGCAGUCUGGAUUCAGUAGAGCGGCUGUUUGCCAGAGGUCGUGCAACUCUGCGGGCGAUACGAGACGUUAGCAGUCUGUGGCCGGGGAAAACGCGAAUCCUCCCGGAGGGAGAACCACCAGGGUCAGGGAGGAGGAAAACAUAAAAACAGAUCCACAGAUAUACUUGGGGACAGUGAGAGAAAGAGACACCGACAGGUAUAACCGCGUGAAGGGGUGAUAGCCUCCCUUCUCUCUUCCUACACUCUCACACAAAAAUACACCAAAAGGACGCAGUCUUGUGUAAUCUUUCCAAGGGCAGGGAGAGAAACAUCUGAAUGUGGCGAGAGGCAGAAACCCGCUGUCACCUAGGUUAGAGAGGAACAGCCACCUACGUCGAACUCGGGAGGAUCAAACAGUAACACGAAGAGAGAGCGGUAUUAAUUCAUCCUACGGAAAAGAGACAACUUCGGGAAGGAGAGUGAGAGAGAAGGGUUAAACAGUGCUACUGAUCCCCCGCAAACAGGAACAGAAAGCGAGAAUGUGGGCUUAGGGACAGACGCAGAGGGGGAGAGCUCAGUGGGAUAUAAUUUGAUCGUGCAGCAAUAACAUUCGGAGGAUUGUUGGAACAUUUUCCUUUGGAUCGUGGUACCUUUCCACUGCUGCUUUUUUGUUUUAAAACAGUCCUUUAUUGAUAACCAUGGGCCUGCCGGCACUUGAGUUCAGUGAUUGUUACCUAGACAGUCCACAAUUCCGGGACAGAAUCAAGUCUCAUGAAGCAGAGCUGGAAAAAACAAACAAGUUCAUUAAAGAUCUGAUUAAAGAUGGAAAAGCAUUGAUUCAGGCAAUGAAAAAUCUGUCUGUUGCAAAGAAGAAGUUUGCAGAAUCUUUAAAUGAAUUUAAGUUUCAGUGUAUUGGAGAUGCGGAGACAGAUGAUGAGAUCAAUAUAGCGAGGUCACUUCAGGAGUUUGCGGGAGUUCUAAAGAGCCUUGAAGAUGAGCGGGGCCGUUUGAUUGAGAAUGCUGGUGAUGUUUUAAUCAGCCCUUUGGAAAGAUUUCGGAAGGAGCAGAUUGGAGCUGCAAAGGAAGCAAAGAAAAAAUAUGAUAAGGAAACAGAAAAGUAUUGCAAUUUGCUGGAAAAACAUUUAAAUUUGUCAUCGAAGAAAAAGGAUUCUCAUCUUCAAGAGGCGGAUAGUCAGGUUGAUGUCGUCCGACAGCAUUUCUAUGAAGUGUCACUGGAAUAUGUAUUCAGAGUGCAUGAAGUGCAAGAACGAAAGAUGUUUGAGUUUGUGGAACCAUUGCUUGCUUUCUUGCAAGGACUCUUCACGUUUUAUCAUCAUGGCUAUGAGCUGGCAAAAGACUUUGGACAUUUUAAAACUCCACUUCAGAUCAGCAUUCAGAAUACACGGGACCGUUUUGAGGGUACACGAUCUGAAGUUGAAUCAUUAAUGAAGAAAAUGAAGGCGAACCCUCAAGAACAUCAGAGCAUUAGCCCAUAUACAAUGGAGGGUUACCUCUUUGUGCAGAAAAAAAGCCCUUUCGGAUCCAGUUGGGUGAAGCACUACUGCACGUAUCAGAAAGAAGCCAAGAAGUUUACAAUGGUGCCAUUUGAUCAAAAAACUGGAGGAAAAAUAGGAGACGAAGAAACAUUUACCCUAAAGUCAUGCAUUAGGAGAAAAACAGAUUCCAUUGAGAAGAGGUUCUGUUUCGAUGUGGAAGGAGUGGACAGGGCAACCAUGAUUACGAUGCAGGCACUUUCUGAGGAGGACAGAAGACUGUGGAUAGAGGCCAUGGACGGCAGAGAGCCGGUGUACAACUUGAAUAAGGACAAUCCAAUAAGUGAAGGCGCUGCCCAACUGGACAAAGUUGGAUUUGAUUUGGUGAAGAAAUGUAUUCGUGCUGUUGAAGAAAGAGGUUUAAAUGAACAGGGCCUAUAUCGAAUAGCUGGUGUUAAUUCCAGAGUACAGAAGCUAUUAAGUUUAUUAAUGGGAUCAGUUGAUGUAGAUUUGGAGACUUCAUCUGAAUGGGAGAUAAAGACUAUUACCAGCACACUUAAACAUUAUCUGAGGGUUCUCCCAGCUCCACUGAUGACAUUCCAAUUACAACACAGCUUUAUUAAAGCAGCCAAAUUGGAUCAUCCAGAAUCGAGACUGUCAGAGAUUCACAAAUAUGUGCAUCGGCUGCCAGAAAAGAACAGGGCCAUGUUGGAAAUAACAAUCAAACAUUUGGCAAAGGUGUCCAAAAAUCACAAGCAAAAUCUGAUGACUGUGGCAAACUUGGGUGUGGUGUUUGGACCAACUCUGCUUAGACCAAAGGAGGAAACUGUAGCAGCAAUCAUGGAUAUCAAAUUCCAGAAUAUAGUUGUUGAAAUUCUAAUAGAAAACCAUGAACAGAUUUUCCAGAUAGUGCCAGAAACUGCCACAAUUCAACCAAAUGUAACGUUGAGUUCUGCACAGAGGAAGAGUUUUGAAUGUAAGCCUCCCUUGUGUAGCCAGAGGCCUUUAAUGUUGUUUCCAGCCAAUUCAAAUGAGAAUGAGAAGCAGAGAAACGCUGCAAACUCCAGUACUGAAUCUAUGAUCACCCCUACUGUGAAUGCUUCAUCAAAUUCUAAAACUCAUCGACAAAGUAUGCAUGGCCUUGGCUGUUAUGACACUGAAGCUUCUGCAGUGAAAUUGGAACGACCCAAUUCUCUGGCUGUGUGGUCAAGUUAUGCAACUUUAUCAGCUAGAUUCCGCAAAAGGUUAAACUCCAAAAGGAAAUCCAGUGUUACUAGUCCUCUCCCUCCCAGUCCCAGCUCACCAUUAUCACCCUCGUGGCCCAUGGUUUCAGCACCUUCAAGCCCAGUACCUGUUUCCUCAACUUCCAGCGACUCCUCCCCUCUCAGUAUUCAGUGUCGCAAAGCUAGAGCCUUGUAUGCAUGUAAAGCGGAGUAUGACUCAGAAUUAUCCUUUAGUGCUGGAACCAUGUUUGAAAACGUUCAUUCAUCCAAAGAACCUGGUUGGCUUGAAGGAACAUUGGAUGGGAAAACUGGACUAAUUCCGGAAAAUUAUGUUGAAUUUCUAUAGCCAAAGGUGGAAGACGUUAUUUCGGAGCAUUACAUGGUAUCCAUGGCAAUGUGCGAAGACAUCAACAAGAUUUUAGCUUUUAAGGUUUUACUUCUAUUGCAGCAAUGCAAUAAGAUUAGUGAACUGGAAAUAGAUGAUUGAUUAACUUUAAUCCUAGCCUUUACUGUCCUGUAGUGUUGAUUUGAUUCACUGUUAAUUUAUCAAACCAGAGACUGUAAUUAUUUCUGAAGGAUUUUGUUUUAAUUCAAGCAGUCCCUGGAUUCCUAAAUUAGGGGGUUUUUUUAUCUGAACUAGACUGUAUCAUGUAUAUAAUGUAGAUAUUCAUUCUAUGAAGGUGGUGGCAAACGUAAUCAACAUGAUGUCGGCAGUGUGUUGUUUCAGCUUUUCCUUCGCAAAGUAUCUGUUAGUUUGCCAUUUCAUUUCAAGAUUUUUCCAGCAUUGACCAGAAAUUAGGCUGGUCAGACUACUUGUGUCUGAACAGAACUGUUGGAAUCACCUGCUUAAAUUGUAGAAUUAUGGUAAAGCAUACCAAAGCUACAAGGAGCUUAGAAUGAUGCAAUCAGAUGGUCAAAUUUUAUACUGAGAUAAAGCUCACACUCACUGUCUAUGUGACUAUUUUUAAAUCUUAAUCACUAUGGGAAACUUUUUUCAAAAUAUAUAUUAGUGAUAUUUGCAUGAGAUUUGUUUACAGAAAAAAUGAUUGUCCUCUGAUGUAAAAAAAAAUUGGAUUUUAAGAAUGUGUUACUAUUUUAAAUAAAAACGUUUGUAUGACAUUUUUACAAAUGACAAUCAACCAGGAAGUGAGAUGUUUCAAACUGUCUUCACAUCAGAAUUUAUUUUUAACUGUAUGGAAAAAUGAAAAUUGAGCAACAAAGUAUGAUUUUAGCAAUCUUUCUUCUGAAGCUGGAGAAGUAGGUAUGCUUGUGCCUAUUUCUAAAAAGAAAACAGAUCUAAUCUGGUUUCAUAUAAAUGUAAUGAUUUCAAAUCAUCUUUGAAACCUGGAAUUUCAAACAUGAGAUAACAAGGUGUAGAGCUGAAUGAACAUAGCAGGCCGAGCAGGAAGGCUGAUGUUUUGGGUCUAGACCCUUCUUCAGAAAUGCAUUUAUUUUCCCAGGGUGCAAUAAGAAAAGGUUCCAUGAUCAGAAUAUACAUCCAUUAAAGGGCUGAACCUCCUGUAGUGGUUUGACAGUGAGCAUAAGAGUUGUAAGCAAUGUGUGUCUGUUUUGGACAAGCUUUCAGUCAUCUUGCAUAUUUAGCUUUUUAGGCGAUCAUUCGGCUUUGAACUGCUAGGAAGCAGAAGGAUGAAAAAAAAAUGAAGGCAAGAAAAAUCUGGGAGAACAGUAGGAAGCUUUCCCGGUCUAUGUCAUUCUACUUAAUUAAAACUGAACAAAAUAUGUUUCAAAUCAAGAUUGAGGUUUUUUUUAAAAUGGAUAUUAUAUUUUGAGGGAUAUAUUUGCUUUUUAAAAUUUCUGAAGUCCUCAUUUCUGACUUAAUGGCAAGCUUGCUGAGUCCAAUUGGUUGUCAUAUGAAGAGUUAUUUUGUGUGAUUUUGCAACAGUGGUUAAUGUGCCUUCCAUGUGGUUCACUUAUCAAAAUUAUUGCUAGAUAGCUCAUCUGUUUCAAAAGUGUAUUGUUAUCAAAGGUGCAUCCUUUGCAUUGUUUGUAAUUAUCUUCAGAUUGCAAUAAAAUAUUUGGUGUAUGAAAGAUCA